AUGACUUCCACUUUCACUAGAUUUGGAGAAAUACAUAACAAUCCUAAUAUCCACUAUGAUAAAACAGAAGAUCAAACUCAAUUAGAAUCAUUAUGGAAUCAAUUUGAUUUCAUUAUAACCCAUGAUGAAAAGCUUGAUCCAAAUCCUUGGGAAUUGAUGUAUACUGAACCAAUAUUUAAAGGAAUUACAAUUGAACCAAUUGUAGAAUUAUUAAUUGCUCAAAGUAAAGAUAGAUCAAUCAUCAUUAAUCUUAUCAAGAAUAUCAUAUAUGAAUUACUAAUGGGUGAAUCAACAACUUUGAUUAAGUUGUUAAGAUCAACUAUUUUGACUGACGAUUAUUUGAACGUUUAUAAAGUAUUAACUCCUCAUGAAUCUGCAAUUCACAGCACUGCCGAUUCAACACCAAGUGAACCACAAGAUAUUGAUCCAGUGUCCAUCAAGAAGGAAAUCAAUCAACAGAUUGAUAAUUUAGAAAAGUCCUUUUCAGGAAUGAGUCAAUGGCUGUCUGACUGA